AUGCUUUCUGAAGGUUUAGACGGCGAUGCAGUUGAUGAUUCGCUUGCAUCUGUCGUUGCAUUUUCGCCUCAUCUGCAGCUGCAUUUCCAGAGCUCUCUCGAAGUCCCUUCCAGUCGGCGGUGCCUGACACCUUUUGCGGCAAAAGUCCGAAAUGGGCGGACAAAGAAGGAAGAGAUUCCACUCGGCGCUCAACUGCUUAGCCGCGCAGGCGGUGUUGCGUUCAUGCGAGAACGGCUGGCCGGGGUUUGUGCUUUCACCGGACGACGGAGUGUAGUUGAGGAGAGGACAAAAACCGAGCGACCAGAUGGGUUUGUGGGCAGCAGUUACAAUUUGAACAAAUUGAGGACCUGA